AUGAAAUUUAGACCUGUGCACCUAAAUACCCGUAGAAGGCAGAAGUGGUCUGUGGAUCCACGAAAUAACGCUUGGAGUAAAGAUGAAUCUAAAUUUGGCCAGAAGAUGCUGGAGAAGAUGGGCUGGUCCAAAGGAAAGGGUCUUGGGGCUCAGGAACAAGGAAAUACAGAGCAUAUCAAGGUUCAGGUGAAAAACAACACGCUGGGGUUAGGAGCAACCAUCAAUUACGAGGACAACUGGAUUGCUCAUCAGGAUGACUUCAACCAGCUUCUGGCUGAACUGAAUGAUUGCCAUGGACAGGGUGAAACAGAGUCCUCAGUAAAUAAUCAGAAGACGACAUUCAGUCUUGAAGAAAAAUCCAAAUCUUCCAAGAAACGUGUCCAUUACAUGAAGUUUGCAAAAGGUAAAGAUCUCUCUUCGCGCAGUGAAGAUGACCUGUCCUGCAUAUUUGGGAAGCGACAGAAGAGUAUGAAGACACAGGAGGAUGUUACUGAUGCUGAGUCUCAGGAAGAGGAGCAGAGAAACCGCUGGAUAUCGGAGCCUGCAGACGGUUACAACACAGUGAAGAGUGUUCUCACUGUACAGGAAUACUUUGCCAAGCGUAUGGCAAAACUGAAGGGAUCCCAGAAUGAAAAAGAAACAAAGGUAGAUGAUUCCUGCCCAACAGCUGAUGAAGCUUUGGAGCCUUCAGAAGACCUGAAAACCAAAGUCAAAAAGAAAAAGAAGAAGCAGAAGAGGGAUGAGGCAGAGAGUAUAGAGCAUUGCGAGAAACCAAAAGUGAAACAAUCUAAGAUAGGCAGCUUGAAUGGAGAGGAACUGGAUGCUCCCUUAAAUGGGUGUCACUUGAGGAAAAAGAAAAGGAAACAUAAAGAGCAGCACAAAGGGGAAAGCAUUAGUUGUGAUGAAAAUAUGGGUGAUGGAGAAAUUUAUAUGGGAAUAUCUGAUGGGGAGAAUCUCAGCAUAGAGGACUCUGAAGCAAAGCAAAAGAAACGCCAUAAGAAGAAACACAAAAAGCAAAAAGAGGAGGGCGAUGAGUGCAUCGAAGGAGCACAGAGAAAGAAAAAGAAGCACUGCAAACACGUGUAA